CAAAUAUUCAAAUCUUUGCGUAGUAUUUCAUACCGCAUUCCGAGAAUGGAAGCAGUGGACUAAUUCAUGUUUUUAUAAACUAAUGGCUGAAUAUGGAAUCAGACCGCUUGACUGGCUGGCAGGAGGAGCGCGCGGAGCUAAGGGCAGAGCUAUCACGUCUGCAGGAUGAGUUGGCAGAGUGCAGUGCAGAGAGAGAGGAGUUUGAGUCCCGAGCUCAAGCUUUGACUGACAGGCUUUCUCAGACGAUGGACCCAUCUCUUUCAUUAUCUCUGUGUCUGGACAAUGAGCAGAGAGAAUGGAGGAAAAAGCUCAGAGAGGGCAGAGAGAGAGAAGGCAGGCAGGCCCUGCUCAUCCAUAAACUUCAGAACAAGGUGCUGGAGUACAGGGCUCGCUGUCAAGCUCUGGAGCAACAGGUGAUCAGUGAGGAGAGAGAUCUGAGGAGAAUGCUUCAUGAUGAACGUAGUGACACACUGGAGAGCACCCUUAUCAGGCUAGAAGAGGAACAACAGAGAAGUACAGGGCUUUCAGAGGUCAAUGCUCUUCUGCGAAAUCAGCUCAGCCACUCAACAGAGGCAAACGAAGCCCUGAGGGAGGACCUUCGAAAGCUAACUGUUGAUUGGUCCAAAGCAGUGGAGGAGGUGGUGCAAAAAGAAAUUUAUUGGCAAAAAGAGAAGGAGGCUCUGACAGGCCACAUAGGAAAAGAGCAGACCCGGUUGAUGACUCUUUGGCGAUGUGUGGUCACACUCAGACGCCAGUGCCACUCUCUGAAGACUGCCUCUGACAAGGAUCUGUGGGAGCUGAGAGCAGAGUUCUCUCGUCUCUCCUCCUCUCUUCUCUCUGUGUGGGCUUCUCCUCGAUCAUCCUCAACCCUGCCCCUGGACUCCUCUAUAACGCACUCCACUAGAGCACACCCCCUCACCUCCACUCAGGGGCCACUGUCUUUAGAUGAUUUGGAUCAUGAACCGAAAGGAGAGAGGAAGUCGAUUGAAUUAAAAACUGACUUUGAGUCAGAGGCCCAGGAAUUUAGGAAUAGGAUCACAGAACUGAAUAUGAACAUUAAAUCUCUGGAAUCUGAAAGAGAGAAGCAGGAGGAAGAGAUGGAGAGGAGACACAAGCAGGAGAUGGAAAGAGAACGAGAGCAAGAGAGGAAGUGGGAGAGACAGAUAGAAAUGGAAAGAAACUUAGAAUCUGUCAAGCAUGCUGUCAGGACACUGUCGAGAGUUCUCAGCUCUCAGCAGUUGAGUGGGCAGUCUAGCUCUCUGUCUGUAGAUGAUGUGUCCAGUGGAGGACUGUCCUUUGUGCUCUCUGUCAUCGCUCAAGCUGAGACUGCCCUGCAAUGGCGACAACAGGAAGUGCAGGAUGCUCAGAUAAGCUUGCGUAGAUUGGGGGUGGAGAAAGAAUCCCUGGAGCAACAAAUCACACAGUUGGAAAGUGAGCGGGAUGAGCUUCAGGAGCAGACCAAUCAGGGAGCACUUGUGACUAAACACACUGAAGAACUACUGAACAGUGAGAGAGAGAUGGUGAAUAGUUUACGCAGUCAGUUGGAGGAGGCUGAGAGACUCACAGAAGAACUUAGAAAGGAGAAUGGACAUAUGAGACGACAGAGGGAGAAGGAGGAAGAGGAAAGAGUCGAAUUGGAGAGAGAGAGGCAGAAACGAGUGGAAGCUGAGAUGCUGAAGACUGCUCAGCUGUGUGAGAAAGAGACUCGCACCCGUCUUGAGCUUCACAGCCUGCAGGGAGCUCUAGAGAGAGAGAAGCUGGACAGAGCACGAGCUGAACAAGAGACUGCUGACACCAAAGAUUCUUUACUUAAAGCACGGGAGUCAUUACUGGACCUGUCCUCCAGUCAAACACAACUGAAGAGAGAGCUGGUAGAAUGCCGAGAUGCCCUGGAAAAAAUGGCCACGUUAAACGAAUCUCUGGCCAAGGACAAGAGAGAACUCGGUGUUCAGUCUCUGCAGCUGGAGAUGGAGUUGGCAGAAGCUCAGGCCCAGAUUCAGGCAUUUGGCUCCGAACUGGCAGGUCUGCGCCGGGAACUGAAGGCCGCGUCUCUAGAGGCCAGCGAAUUAAGGGAUCGGAGAGAGACGGAUCUGAAAACUCUGCAGCAGCUCAGAGACAGAGAGACCGAGCUGGAUAAUGAGCUGGACACUGAGAGGGAGGAGAGAGAGAGGGAGGUGACUACUCUUACAGAAGAGAAGGAGAAAGAUGAACAAAGGAUUGCAGAGAUAAAUGAGCAGCACUGCGCUGUGAUGAAAGAGUUGCAGAGUGUUCAGGCAGAACUGCCCAAAGCAGUAGAGCAGCAGAGAAGAGCAGAAAGAGAGAGAGAUGACCUACUGAGAGAGAGACAGAGACUAGAGGACAGAAUAUGCACACUGGAGAGAGAGAGGAAGGAACUGGCACAAGUUAAAGAGGAACUCAGAGGUGUGGUUGUAUGUCUCCAGGAGCAGAUCGUUCAGGUUCAGGAACAGGCCUCAGGUCUUGAGGUGGAGUGCAGUCAGCUUCAAACACAGGUGGACACGCUCACACAGACUAAAGAUGUCUUGCAAGGAGAGAUUCAAUGUCUACAGACAGACCUGGAGAGAGAGACAUCGGAGAGAGAACGUGAAAGACAAGGAGCAACAGAGGACAGAAGGAAGAAUGAAAGAGAGAUAGAAAACUGGCGAUCAGAAUUCAACAGGCUUCAGCGUGACAUUGAACAAGCAUCAGAGAAAAACAGAGAACAAGAGGAAGAGAGCAAAACAGAGAGAGAACAAUGGCAGAGAGAGAGAGAAGCCCUGAAUUCAGAACUUGGCCAGAAAGAUGGAGAGCUGGAGAUACUGAGGAACACGAAAGAUGGAUUAAUUAAGGAGAAAGAAGAGCUUUCAGUCUUCUUGAAUAAAAGAAAUAGAGAAAUGGAGAAGCUGCAAACAACAUCCGCAGCAGAACAUAAAACUGCUGAAAUAAGACUGAGAGAAAUGUGUGAUGAGAUUGAGAGAUUGAAGGAGAGAGAAAAUGAGAAUCAGCGAGAGAGAGAAGAGAUAAAUCAGAAGUUUAUUGAAAGAUUGGAACAAGAAAGUCAUAACCACAAGGUUACAGAGAGAGAGCAGGUUAAGAUGUUUGAUCUGUUGCAAAAGAAGGAGGAUGAACUACAAAAGAGAGGAGAGGACAUCAAAGAGUUAAUAUCGAAAGUCCAGUCACAUGAGAGAAUAAUUGAGAGUCUGGAAAUUAAGUUAAAAGAGAACGAGACCUUGGAGAUCAGAGUAGCAAGCCUGGAGAAACAGAACUUUCAACUGAAAAAGAGAGAAAUAGAGAAAAUAAGAGAAAAUGAAUGCAGACAAAUUAAAAGAGAUGAGCAGGAGCGGGAGAAAGAAACAAGGUUGAGAGGACAGUUGGAACAGAAAGAUCAAGAAUUGGUCGAGCUCAGAAGCAGAGUUGAAGAACUGAUCUCUCAGAAAGAACAUAUCUCAUUGCUCACUGAAGAAAGAGAAAAAGAUGUAGAAAGAUUGCAGAGUACAUUGUCUACAGAAAAGAGAACUCUUGAACUGAGGCUAAAAGAGGUGAAAGACAAUACAGAGUGGUGGAAGAAACGAGCUGGAAACAUGGAAAAAGAGAAGGAGAACAUAAAUCAGGCUGCUGAAAGAGAGAGAGUUGAACUGACAGACCUUCUUAGAGAAAGAAAAGUGGAGGUACAAAAAAGAGAGGAGGAAAUUGAUGAACUUAAAGUUAGAAUUCAGUCGAAAGAGGUGAUCAUAGAGAAACUUAAGACUAAUGUUGAGCAGAAGGAUAGCCAACUUAAACUUAUAAAGGACCAAAACUCACAGAUGGAAGAGAAGAUGGAGAAACAGAAAGAGUUGGAGAGGAAGCAAGAAGAGUACAAGGAACAGGAGAAACAACUGAAAGGAGAAUUAGAAAAUCUCAAUACCAAAAUGGUGGAAGUCUUUCAAGAAAAAGAGAGGAUACUACAAAGGCUGGAAGAGCGAGAUACCGAGCUGAAAGAAUUACAAAUGAAACUAACAUCACAACAGAAGACAUUUGAACAGAAGCUAAAAGCAGAACAUGAAGAUAUGAACAGGUGGAAAGCCAAGUUGGCAGAGAUGGAAAGGGAUCGGAUGAGUUGGGAGGAAAGGGAUGAAGAGAGAAGGCAAAGACAUGAAAUGGAGGAAGGAGAUUUGAGAGCAAAGCUCAGUCAGAAGGAGGUGGAGUUGAGGCAGUUGAGACUGAAGAUUGAUGAAUUGAGUCAAGAGAACAAGAAGGAAAAGCAAACAAGGCUGGAACAACAAAAAGACUUUGAACGACAAACUACCUUCCUACGAGAGUGUGAGGAGGCAGCACAGGCACUGAAAAAGAGUUUGCAACAAAAAGAAACAGAAGAAAAAGACAGAGUCUACCGUGAGGAAGAGGAAAGAAGAAGACUAAGUGAAAAACUGCAUGAGGCUGAGCAGGGGAGACUUGAAUUCUCAAACCGUCUGCAAGAGUCAGAAUUAGUGCUCGACAUGGAAAAACGUCAGCACAGAGAGAAAGAUGAAGCGCUUAUGGAAUGUAAUCAAGUGCUGUUAUUGGUCAGACAUGAGCGAGAUCAAGAGAGGGAGAGCGUAGACAAACUGCAGAAGAUAAUGGAUGAACAAGACAAACAGGUGAAGAUAUUGAGGGGAAAAUUGGAUGAACAGUUGGGGGAGGUAGAGAGGUUGUCACAACUGCUGCUAGAAAGCCAUGGGGAAGCACAGGUGCUUAAAACCAGGAUGGAGAACAGGGAAGAGGAGACAGAACGAUUAAAGAGGUCCUUGAGUCAGAUUGAAGAUGAGAAGAGUCGUCUGGAGACUCAAUUUGGAGACGCAAAAACACAAGGAGAAAGAUUAAAAGCUAGUUUUGAGGAUCUUCAGAAAGGUCAACAAAUCUUGUUGGAGGAGAAGACGGGAUGUGUGGAGAAGCUUGGGGUUCAUGUUAGAGAGUUGGAGGAGGAGAGAGACCAUCUCUCUGCAGAGCUUCGAAGGAAAGAGAGAGAGAUUGGAGCUCUGAGAGAUGAAACACUUAGGGAGAGACAAGAGAAGGAGAGAAUAAGCUCUUUGUUGAACGAGGCAAUGGAAAGGAGGGAUGCAUUGGAUGCCAAGGUGGAAACCUUACAAGAAGAGGUGGUUAGUCUAUCUAGAACCAAAGAGCAAACCAGGUCUAAGGUCAAGGCACAGGAAGAGCAGAACCACAAGGUGCAAGAAGGGCUGAUCGCAGGGCUCCAGGAGAUGGCUACCCUGAAAGAACUGCUGGAGGAGAGCCAUCGUGAGGGAGAGAGACUCAAGUUUAUGUUGAAGGAAAAGAAGGAUGAGCUGGUCCGAAGCAGAGAGGAGAGUGUUAGGGUGGCGCAGACUGAAGCCAAAGAUCUUCUACUCAAAAUCCAGGUAUUAGAGAAGCAAAAACAUGAGUUUAAGACAGCACUUCAACUCCAGGAGGAAGAAUUGAAGAAGAAAAAUGAGGAGCAAAUGCAAGAGAAGGAGCAAAUGCAAAGAAGAGAGGAAAAGUUAGAGAAAGAAUUGAAGGCCAUGGAUAGCAUACUUGAGCAGAGAGAGGCUGAGGUGACCAGAGCAAGGGCCAGAAUGGAUGUCUUGGAAAAACAGAGGACUGAACUCAGCUCUAUGGCUGCAGAGAGGACCAGAGAUGCAGAGGAACUGAGCAACAGAGUUAGAGAGCUAAGACAGGAAUUGGACAGACUAAGAGAGGUGAAAAUAAGAGAGAGUGAAGAUUGGGAAAGCAAAAUGGAGGCACUCAAAAAACUAAAUAAAGAGAAACAGCAUGAGCUAGAGGGAUUGGAGCUUCUCCGAAAAACACUGAGUGAAAAGGAAAAUGAGAUAGAAUUAAUGAAGGAGCGAUAUGAAGAUGAAACAAGAAAAAGCAAGAGGUUUCAGCAAGUGGAGGAGGAGAAUUUAAGGCAAAUUGAAGUAUUCUCAGAGACACUGAAAGAUAAACAAAAUGAGGUGGAGAGUGUUCAAGAAAUGGCUCACAAAGAACAAUCAGCAAGACUUCGAUUGCAGUAUCAGUUUGAAGAUGAGAAAAGAAAUACAAACAUAUUGAGGGAACAAUUUGAAACCUUGGAGAAAGAGAAAAUAGAGAUGGAGACUAAAAUGGAGGGAGAGAUACGUAAUCUUAAAGAAUCUGUAAUGAACAACAUAGGACCAAAGAUGGAUAGUGGCCAUGGUACUCUAUCAGACUUCCUAGAAGUUAAUGCAGAAGAUCAGUCUCAUGAUGUUAAGUGGUUAGGAAGAAACAUGCUUAGAAAGGAACAGGAAUUAGAGGUGAUGAGGACAAAGGCUCAGGUCCUGCAGACUGAGAUAGACAGACUGAAUUCUACAAAAAGAAAACAGACCAUAGAAACUGGGCCAGCAGAGAAUAAAGACUGGGAGAGGCUAAAGAAACAAUUGUCGACUGUCCUAUUUGAGAAGAAGCAGAUGGAAAGACUCCUGAGAGAGAAGGACGUAGAAGUAUAUGCUCUGAAAGAGAGAGCAAAGGAGCUGAGUAAAGACAGGGACUGGCUCAGGACAGCUCUGGAGAAGACUGAAGCCAUGCUGAUGAGAACCCGACCAGAAGCAGAUAUGUCACAGGAGAAAGAGCUUGAACGAAAAGCCCAGUACAUAGAUGAGGUGGAUACAGACUCUGCUGUGCAGAAGCGUCUGUUGGCCAUGCAGCAGGCUGUGGCACAACUGGAGGUGGAACAUAAACUUCUGCAGAAGAAAAACACUCAUCUGGAGAAGAAGAUAGCGAGACUACGAACUGAGCGACAUCACCUGCGAGAGACGUUGACACAGGUUGAGCUGGAGAGGGGAAAACUGAGGUGUCUGCUGUCACAGUCAGAAGCUGGAAUUAUGGGCCUGUCAGACAGUACCAACAAGGAAGAGGUGAAGCGACUCAGGGUCCAAGCCAGUGAGCUUGAAGAACAGGUUCACCAUCUGCGACUUAUGUUGGCCGUGGACCAUCAGCAGAGGGAAGAGUUCAUAGAUCACUCUCUGAGGAACAGCCAGAGUCUCAUGUCCUUGAGACGGGAUCUUAAUAAUUCUCUAGCUGUGGUGUCCCAGCAGCCUGUGCCCUCAGUGCUGGAGACAGAGACACAGAGGCUGGACAGAAGCAUCAGAGAGGAAGAGCUCCGACUGUCUCUCAGCUAAAACACAACACUUUUUUUGUAAAUAAUGUCUGUUAAAUUGUUUAUUUGACAAUAUAUUUUGCACUUAUUACAAUGUCAGAGUUAACAUUCAAUAAUUCAGUGCCCCUUGAAUUAAUUUCAUAUGAGAUAGGAGACUCAGGGAUUGGAAAUGCUUUUUUACCUUUUUUACAUAUUCCGUAUAUUUAUGUAUUUUUGACCAUUUUAUUGUUAUAAAACCAUUCCUAAAAUGCUAAUUAGUUACAUAAUAUCAGCUUAAACAAGACAUGGUCUAAUACAUUGUCUUAUGGACAGACAGAUAAUUUACAGAUAUUUUAAAAUAUAAGCCUCUAAAAGCUUUGCAAUUUUGUUUACAGUACUUUUCUAAGCUAUUCCAUCAGUGUUAUUAUUUGUGCAAUAUAAGUAAACAGUUUGAAAUGUAAUAAAAAAAAUAUAUAUUUUAUGUACAUUUUUAAAUAAACUUGAAUUUAAAUCACAUC